GUGGGAGGUGUCCCUGGGAUGAGCCUGACCCUUAUCUUGCCAGCCAGCUGCAAGGGGAUUAUCUGGGAACAGAGCUAUGCACACUCUUGCGCUGGCUGGGCUGCCUCGAGACCUUUCUCUUGUGUUGUAAAGCCAGCAAGAAAGCAAGAAUUGAGCUACUCUGAGCUCUCGCGUCUCCAGUGGAGGACACCAAGUUCACCCAACUUUAGAAGCUCAUCCUCAGAACAAAACAACAAAAGACCUUGGCUGUGGUGUCAGCCCUAGAGUGUGUGGUGUCUGGUCUCCACCUCAUCCAAUCUCACCAGGGAAGUGUUUGCAGAGGAAAAUGAACAGUGGAAUUCUCUUGUCCCUCCUUGGCUUCCUCCCACUUGUGAUACCCAUAUGCCCUGUGCCAUGCAGGUGCACCACCAACAUUACUGACUGCUCACUGAAAAACCUGACUGUAGAAAACCUGCCCACUGCCUUCCGUCCCUCGGCUGAAAUCAUCCACCUCGGUUCCAACAGGCUCACCUCUAUUCCCAAUGGGCUCUUUGACAAUCUGAGGAGCCUCCAGGUGGUUUACCUGCAGGGCAACCCUUGGGAAUGCACCUGUGACAUCCUCUACUUGCGCUCCUGGCUCCAGUGGCAGCAGAACCGGAGCCUGUACAGGGAUGUGAGGUGCAGCUCCCCAGAGCACCUGCAGGGCCGCAUCAUUGCCUACCUGACAGAAGAUGAGAUCGUCUCCACGUGCCAGCACUGGUACUGCAGCCUGGCUCUGCUCUCUCAGCUCUCCCUCUUCAUCCUCCUUAUCCUCCAGGGUAUCUUGGUUAUCCUCAUCGUUGUCUACCUGCACAAAUUUCGGAGAAUGACCGCUGAAGUCCGGAGCACCACCCAAGAACUAGACCACCAGGUGGACCCUUGGGCAUCUUCUUCAAUAAACCCCUCCAAUAAGGAUUAACAUCACGAGACAGAAGACCCUUCUCCCUUCUCCCCCAGAGGACCCCCAGCGUCCUUUGGGGGAUGCUGUGCCCAAGUCCUGUAGUUUGUGAUACCCAGAGGGGACAAUUUAGUAUGACAUCUAAUCCUGACUGCAGUCUGAAGCAGGACUUGAACUGAUCAGACUUUUUCUGUGUUCCUAAAGAAUCAAUCUCAUGCUUUUUCAAUGCUUUAAAUUCUUUAGCGUGAUCUUGGCUGCUUGUCUGAGCUGGAAGUGUUCAGUAGACUAAGGAAAUCAUAAAUUACAGCGACCAGAACUGACUCUAACAGCUCAUAGGGGCUCCAGUGCUAGAUCCCUCCCCUCCUACAGUAUUCCAGCCAUAUUUCCCAGGAUGCUUCUGGUUGUGCUGGGUCAGGUGAGGACAGAGGUGGCCAGCAAACUGUUUGAGUUCUGAACUAGGACAAUGGAGAAAUAGUUUCCUUCUGCCACCACAGACAGCAUUAAGAGCUUUGGACUAGGGUUUUAGUCUUCUCCUGCCUUGGUUUCCCAAGUAAGAGGGAAAGGAAAUAUCUUCUUGCUUAAUGCAUCUUUUCCAAUGUUCUUCUAGGGGAGGAGGGUAUGUCUAAAAGCCCACUCAUCUUACCUUAUCUGCUUCCCUUUUAGUCUACUAUAGUUUUAAUACUGACUGAAUUGAGUGAAACUGGGGCCCUGAAUCUUUAUGAGAAAUUCAUCCUGAAGACAAGAAUUGUUUGACUGUGCCUGUAUGGUGCCUGGCACAAGAGAUCUGGUCUUGAGAGACUCAAACUACAAACCCCAAUGAUGUGCCUACUGCUGUUUAUGGUGUCCCUUAAUUAUUUUUGAAAUAAAGCAAAAUUUAAAUAAAAUUAUGCAUGAUGAUGUAAA